UCUUAAAAACUGUUGAUGGCAGCAUUGAUAAAUUUUACCAUAACUGUAUGAUGGUGAAAAUUUAUGUUAUCUUUAUAUUGCUAGUUUCUGCGGUACGAGUGGUGAAAAGUUUAAUACAACCCCUUAUUAUUUUAUAAAUGAAUGAGUAGAUUGCGCAAUAAAUUCUAAGAUUGCCGGACAAAGUUCAUUACGGCUUUACCGAAACGUGACAUAAUAUCGGCGAUAAAGGACGACAACAACAACAGAGGUGUUAGGUCAAUGUUAAACAUUGGUGUGUUAAAGGCGAAAGUGAACCGCAAGACCGUGUGAAGUGACUACCAGCAGAGAGCACGAUGCACGAUGUUGGAGGGAUUAGUAGCAUGGGUUCUGAACAACUAUCUGGGGAAGUACGUGGAGAACUUGAACACGGAUCAGCUGAGCGUAGCUCUCUUGUCGGGGAAGGUGGAACUAGAGAAUCUCCCCCUGAAGAAAGAUGCCCUACGCCACCUCGGCCUGCCAGUCGAGAUCAAAGCAGGAUUCAUUGGGAAAGUCCAACUCCAAGUACCAGUACGGCAGAUCCGAUCAGCUCCAUGGCUGAUAGCCAUCGAGAAGCUAUACCUAGUAGCAGCACCAAUCAAUUUGGAUGAGUGGGACUGCUCGGUGGAAGCGUCGAUAGCGCACGAGCGCAAGACGGCGCUUCUGGACGCGCUGGAGGCACAAUGGCGCGCAGAACACGAGGCCGCGGACGCCGGCUACUACGCUACCUCUUACUCAUCCUGGCUCAGCUACGGCACUGGGCUGCUAGCCAACAUCGUCGAGAAUCUCCAGUUGAAACUGAACGACGUACACAUCCGCUACGAAGACGCAGUAACGUGCGCACGUCCAUUCGCGUGCGGGCUGACGGUAGAAUCACUGUGCGCCGAGUCGUGCGACAGCGAGUGGCGCCGCGGGUUCACGCUGCUCAGCGACCCCGACGGCUGCUCCUUCAAGCUGCUCGAGCUGCACCACCUCGCCGUGUACUGGGACCCCAUGCCCGUGCCCACUGGCAUGUUCGCCAGCUGUACCAUCGCGGAACUAACGGGCCGCAUGGGCCAGACGUGGCGCGGCGCGCACCGCUACGUGCUGCGGCCGGCGUCGGCGCGCGCGCGGCGGCGGGAGCGCACGGAGCAGCCGCUGCGCUCGCGCGCCCGCCCGCGCCUCGCCGCGCACCUCACGCUGGACACCGUGUCGCUGCACCUCACCUCCCGGCAGUACAACGAGGCGGUGUGCUGCGCGGCGGGGCUGGAGCGCCUGGCGCGCGUGCGGGAGUUCCGCGCGCGCCGCCCCGCCGCGCCCGUGCGGGGCCACGCGCGGGACUGGUGGCUGUACGCGCUGUCCUGCCACAUACCCGACCAUCGAUGGACCGAGCCUAAGCCGACGUGGGAGUCAUGUCUGGAGCGAGCCCGCCAGUCCCGGCAGUACGUGGAGGCGUGCCUGGUGACCCUCAGCAACCCGGCCGCCACGCUGCCGGCCGACCGCAAGGCCGCCAAGGAUGAGUUCGAGUGGCGCACGCCGCUGCCGCUGCUCAAGGCUUUGAGAGAGGUGGCGAUGCGCAAAGUGCCAAAGUCGAGUCCAGCGUCGACGCCGGACAAGCCGGGCAGCUCGGGGCGCAGCAUGCUGGUGCACUGGUUCCCGCAGUGGUGGGGCUGGUACGGCGCGCCGCAGGACACGCCCCCCUCCGCCGCGCCCGCACCCGCCCCUGCCCCUACCCCCGCCCCUGCCGACCUGGAGGAGGAAAUCCUCGACGUCAUAGCUGACUCCUUGGACAAUAAUACGAUGCUGAAGAGGGAUACCGUGUUUGGGAAGUUCGAGUUUAUACUGAACAAGGGCUCACUCAACCUCUGCAUGGAGACUGACGCUGACGAAAACAAAGGUGUACCAGAAGCGGCAGAAGGCAGUGAGGGUGCGGAGGGCGUGGAGCUGCAGUUCUGGUGCGUGCGCGUGGGCAUCGAGUCGCGGCCGCGCGCCGCGUCGCACGCGCUGCACGUGUCGCUCGGCUCCGUCUGCCUGCGCGAGCGCAUCACGCCCAACACUCUCUUCCCCAUACUCAUCGCGCCACAGGGAGUGAUCCGCGAGGGCUUGAGCUCGCUGAGCGCGUCGGGCGCGGCCAUGGCGUGGUGCCGCGCGCACUCGCAGGCCGGCGCCAGCAUCCCGCACUCCCAGCAGGAACCUCUCUUCCAACUCACUUACGAGAAGAAACCCUUCGGCAUGAACUGUGACUACAAGCUGUGGGUGAAGUCUGCGUCGCUGGAGGUGGUGUACAGCGCGGCGGCGGCGCGCUGGGCGCAGCAGUGGCUGAGCGCGCCGUGGGCCCGCGCCUACGCGCACGUGCGCGACUCCACGCGCGCGCGCCUGCGCACGCACUGGGAACACAUGCUGCACGCACACCCGGGCGAACGCCGCACUUGGCAAGUGGAGCUGGACAUCUCGGCUCCUCAGAUCCUGUUCGUGGAGGAACUCUGCUCGCGAGACUCUGCAGUACUAGUCGUCGACUUCGGCAGGUUGCGGCUGGCUAACGCUAACCUGACGGACUGUACGCCGCACACCCCGCCUGACGACGAGGAGAUGUUCAUGACCCCCUGCUCGACCCCCCCGGGCAGCCUGUUGUCCCCCAGUUCCCCCCCCGACCCGCCGCCGCAGCAGGCGACGCAGCCGGCGCUGGACGCCGCCAACCUGCACAACCGCCUCUACGACAGGUACAAGAUAGAGCUGAGCGACCUGCAGAUCUUGGUGGGCCGCGCGCGCGACAACUGGAAGUACGCGCACACCAAGAGCACGUCCUCGCUGCACCUGCUGGACCGGUUCAGCAUCCUGCUGCAGGCGGAGCGGCGCGUGGUGCACACGUGCGACCCGCAGUACCCGUCCGCCACGGCCUGCGGCUCGCUGCCCGCGCUGGUCGUGCACCUCAGCGAGCACAAGCUGUUCGCCGUGCGCGCCGUGCUCGCGCGCUGCGCGCUGCUGCCCGCCAGCGGCCGCGAGGCAGCCAGCCCGAUGCAGGAGCCGGCGGACGACGUGGAGGAGAACAGCGUGAGCUCGGAGACGGAGCAGUCGGAGCUGUCGCAGCAGCAGAACUCGACGCUGUUCAUGCUGCAGUUCGCCAUCGAGCAGAUGUCGCUGGAGGUGCAGUCCAUGGGGCGCAGCAUCGCGGAGGUGCAGGUGUGCGGCGUGAAGGCGGCGGCCACGGGCCGGCCGCGGGACCUGUCGCUGUCGCUGUCCGUGCACUCGCUGCUGCUGGUGGACGCGCUGCAGACCUACGGGCCCGACUUCGAGCUGCUCGUCGCCAGCCACAAGCACGUCGGUAUGGACACGAUGUCGGGCAGUAUCCGCGGGUCGGAGCCGACGUCCCCGACGUCCCCCACGUCCCCCAUCUACCCCACGUCCCCGCAGGGCCUGGCGUCCCCGGACGCUCGGGGCCCGCGGGGCCCGCACGGGCUGGCGCACCCGCAAGCGCUGCACCAGGCACUCAACUCGCUGCACUAUAAUAGACAAGAGUCACAGUGUCCCACCGAGUUGUCAGACCCUGGGCGAGCUAGCCCGGCGCCGAGCUGGAUGUCUGGCACCGGCUUCAACUGGAACGGCAGCAGCAUGUUCGGAGCCGGCUGGGGCUCGGCCUGGGGCACCUGGAGCGGGCUCAACUGGGGACCCACCGCCACCAACUGGGGCGCAGCCGGACUCGUCGACUCUGAAGCACUUAUCGCCGUCGAUUUAUGCAUCGUCAAGGGUGACGCCGAUUCGGAGGAUUUAAGGAUCGCUAAUAUUUUGUUUAACAAUCUUGAUAUUAUUGCUAAUCAAGAAACCAUAGUCGAGUUGAUUGGCUUUACUCAGCGCGUGAUGGGUCCGAAGACAGCUCCUAAAAAGCCUGCCAACGAGGAGCACCAGUCGGAGCCUGCCACCGCCACCACCUACACUUAUCCUGUACCUGAAGACGAGCCUAAGCGCUCGGUGCGCACGGAGAUAACGUUCGACUUCCACCGCCUGGGCGUGCUGCUGCUGCGCGCCGCGCUGCACGACGGGGCGCUCGUCGCGCGCAAGAUCGCCACCGCCACCAUCAGCGAGGCCCGCAUCCAGGCCACCGUGGACGGCAGCCGCGUGGAGGUGGGCGGGUCGCUGGGCGGCGUGGGCGUGGUGUCGCUGUGCGAGGGCGGCGGCCUGCACACGCGCGUGCUGGCGGCGGGGCAGGCGGGCCGCGCGCCCGACGACGCGGACGAGCCCAAGGCGCUGCAGUUCAGCAUCGCGCGCGGCGUGCGCGACGGCGCCGUGGAGGCCAGCGUGGCGCUGCACGUGGCCAGCGUCUGGUACACGCACUCCGGCCCGCUGCUGCGCGAGCUGCGCUCGUGCCUCACGGAGUUCAAGCAGUACCUCGCCAACCUGGCGCGCUCCAUCCGCGCCGCCGCCGCCGACAUGGCCAUCGGUCUCGUGCACCCCAGGGGUGAGUCUCUGUACGCGAAUCCGAAGCUGUCGCAGUCGAUGGAGGGCGUGUCCCCGCGGCGGCGCACGGUCAGCCUCGGCGCGUCGCUGGACGAGCCCGCCGCGCUCAAAUCCGACAACAUCGUGCUCAGCGUGAGCAUCGAGCUGGAGUCGCCGGUGGUGGUGGUCCCGCGGCACGCGCACAGCCCGCAGGUGUUCGUGGCGCACCUGGGCCGCAUGAGCCUGCGCAACCGGCCGGGCGCGCCGCGCCGCACGCUGUACAAGGUGCGCGUGCGCGACAUCUCGCUGGCCACGGUGGACGCGGGCGCGCGCCUGGCGGCGGACGGGCCGGCCGCCGGGUGUCCGGCCGCCGUGUACGACGCCGCCGCCGGCAAGCCCGUGCUGCACAACACGGCGCUGCGCCUCACCAUCAACUACGCGGACCCCGACCCCGACUGCGACGCCGACUAUCAGUGCGAAGUCCGCGGCAAGAUAGUGGGCGGGCUGCACGUGUCGGCGCGGCGCGAGCAGUACGAGCAGCUGCUGGAGACGCUGCGCUGGGUCAGCUCGGAGGGGCCCGACGUGGCCGACGGCGGGGCCCGCGCGGGGCCGCACAGCGCGCCCGGCCCGCUGCUGGAGGGCGCCGUGCGCACGCUGCAGCUGGACCCCGCCGUGCGCGCCGCCGUGCUGGCCGUGCCGCCGCCGCCCGCGCGCGCGCCCCCCGCCCCGCUCACGCCCCUCACAGUCAACUUCGAGCUGCCGACGUUCAGCGUGGAGCUCCGCGCCGACAUGGGUGAGGGGGAAAGAAGCCUCGUGGAGCUGUCCUUCAGAGAGUUCAAACUAAAAUAUCAGAAGACACACCCUUAUGAGAAUAUGCUACAGGUAUCGUUGCACUCCAUUACGAUGGAAGACCUCACCAAAGAGCCGGACUCGAAGCACCGCAUGUUGAUGGUGUCGCACACGCCACAAAUGCCCCCGAAGGCCGUAUUCGUGUCCAAGUCGUGCCCGGACUUCGUGACGGAGUACGCGGACGACAUGUCCAGCGUGAGCUCCCUGCAGUACAUGAAGUGGUGCUCCAGCUCGCUGCCCAGCCAGCUCAACGUGCUCACUAGAGAGAGCAAGGAGCGCCGCAACAAGCGUGACAGUAAGUGUGCGCCCACGCCGCCGUGCUCCCCCGAGUGCGGCGCGCCCCCGCCCGCGCCCGCAGCGUCGCGCCCCACUGCCGACCCCGCGGAUCACUCCGACCCCGCGGACCCCAUCGAUGCAGCCGACCCCGCGGAGUCCACAGACCCCUCGGACAACCUCGUGUGGCUGUCUGUACACACGCGUGACCCGCACCAUCCUCAGUUUGCUGAUAAAUACGACAAGAUAUCAAAACUAACCAAAGUGGACUUUAACUGCCUCAACCUGGUGGUAAGUAUCGACAGCUGGGUGGCGGUGCUGGACUUCUUCGGCAUCGCCGGCGACGACGUGACUGACGGCGAGCACGGGCCCGAGCCGCAGAGCACCGAGGCGGAGGCGGGCGGCGCGGGCGGCGCGUGCUCGCAGACGGAGCUGUGGGUGCGCUCGCUCAGCGUGGUGCUGCUGGCGGGGCGCGGCGAGGCGUGCCGCGCGCUGGUGUCGCGCGCGCGCGCCGUGUGCCGCGCCGACGCGCGCGCGCACACGCGGCGCCUGACGGGCCGCCUGGGCGCGCUGGCGCUCACCGACCUCACGCCGCACUCGGCGCUCUGGCGCGACCGCUUCCGCACGAACGCUGACCACGCACUCACCUUCCAAUACCAGCGGUUGAGCUCUGCCGAGGCGGCCGCCGCGGGUUACGAGACCAGUCUGAGCAUAGAGAUGGGUCCCGUGACGUACGUGCACACCAAGCGCUUCGUGCAAGAGCUGCAGGCUUUCGCACGGGACUUCAGUCUGCUACGGAAAGUUAUUAUGCAAGCUAGACUCAAAGUUUCAGUAGUAUCUGGCGGAUCUGGCACAGACGGUGCCCGCCCAGCUCGCAUGAAACUCAACGUGCGGUGUACGGCACCCGUCAUAGUGCUGCCGGUGUCGGGGCGCGCGCGCAACGCUCUGGCAGCGCACCUCGACCAGCUCACCCUGGACAACUGCUUCAAGUACGCGGGCGACGAGGGCACGCUGAGCGCGCCGGCCGAGGGCCGCCGGCCCCUGCUGGACGUGCGCAGCGUGCGCCUGGCGGGCGUGGCGCUGUGGUGCGCGCGCGGCGGCCGCGGCCUGCGCGUGCGCCGGCGCGGCGCCCCGCUGCUGCACGCGCCCGCCGACCUGCGCCUGCACAUCGAGUACAACAUGGACGCCGCGCACACCGUGCCGGACAUGUCGGUGCAGGGCUCGCUGAGCACGCUGCAGCUGGCGCUGGACCCGGCGCAGUACCGGCUGGUGCGCGGCGUGCUGGCGCACAACCUGGCGGAGGCCGUGGACGACCUGCUGCCGCGGGACCUGCCGCACCACCAGCCCGAGCCGCAGCACCACGACGUGUGGACCACGAGCUCUUUGAAACUGGACUUACACGACGUGACGGUAAAGCUGGAGCCUGAGCACGGAGUGUCUUCCCUGGCUUGCAUCAACUUCAUCAAGUCCAGGCUGGUGGUGGAAACAUACUCAGACCUCAGCCAAGACAUAGACCUCGUUUCACAGGAGAUCCUAGUGAGCGACACUCGGUUCGCGAAGGAGCCGGCCAACCGGCGCGGCAACGUGUUCAGCCACAUCGUGCAGCCCAUGGCGGAGCAGCGACACAGCGUGCAGGCCGAGGUGCACGCCAGAAAGCGACGCGACUCCUCGGCGUACACGAUCCUGGUGAACAACAUGCGCCUGAUGGCGGUGCUAGACUGGUGGGAGUGCGCCAACCAGUUCAUUAUGCAGCCCCCGCCACCCCCUGCCGACCCUGACCAGGCUCAUCUCGAGGAAGCGCUCUGCGCAAUCCGCAAUGCUGCCAGUCCACAUCCUGCGCAGGCGCAGGAGGAGCCACUUAUGGAAUUGAAGCUUAAUGUAACGGACUCUCAACUGGUGUUGGUGGAAGACCCGUCCGUCUGGGACACUAACGCGGUCAUACUUCGGAGUACGACGGUGAUUACGUACCGGUGUGCGGACGCGCAGAAGCCGGUGUCGUGCGAGCUGAACGAGCUGGAGGUGUUCUCGUGCGUGCUGGGGCUAGAGGAGGAGACCGCGCUGUCCAUCGUCGACCCCGCCGCCGUGCACGUCUCUAUCGACGCGCAACGCGUGCUACACGUGGCAAUGAGUACGCUGAACCUGCGGCUGUCGUACCACGACAUGCGGAUGUUCGCGGCCAUGUUGCAGUCUCUGCCGGUGCAGGCCAGGGCUGCGCUGUCUGGCAAACUGUUGGUAUCCGAGGAAGACGCAGACGAGCCAGCAAACAUCGUGCACAUGCGUGCCGCCACCAGCGGCACAGGCGCGCGCUCCCCGGCCGCGGGGGCCGGCGCGGGGGGUGCCGCGGGCGCAGGGGGGUGGAUGUGCCGGCCGCGCUGGCUGCGCGCCCCGCCCCCGCCCGCGCCCCCGCCGCAGCCCAAGCCCACCACCUCCAUAUGGCCGCUCAAAGCUGUGCAGGUGUCAGCAGACUGCAUUACGCUGUGCGUGAUCGACGACUGCCUGGACUCCGACGUGCCUCUACUUGAGAUCUCGCUCACCGAGCUGCAGGUGGAGCAGGAUUUGCGUAAAAUAGAGGAGUCGUUCGAGGACCCGAUGUUGGUGUCGACCCCCGCGGGGCCGGGGGGCGCAGUAGUGGCGCGGGGGGCGGGCGCGGGCGGGGGCCGGCUGGGCGCGCUGCUCACGGUGGACUACUACAACCGCACGCUGUCCGGCUGGGAGCCCGUCGUCGAACCCUGGAGAUUCGAGACAUCGUGGGAGUACACCCUGACGAGCGAGCUGUCGCUGGGACGCGUGCAGAUGGAGGUGGCUUCCACCGAGGUGCUCAACACCAACGUCACCUCCUCACUCAUCGAGCUGGCCGAGCUGGUGCGCGCCAACUGGACCGCGGAUUACUACGCGCCGCAGUCAUCCGCAACACAGGAGCAGUCCCCCAAGGGCAGCCCGUCCGGCCACCGGCGCCGCUCGCCCUUCGUGCCCUACGCGCUGCGCAACCACACCGGCCACCGACUCUUGUUCACCACGCUCGUCACCACUUCCGAUGAGUUACGCGAGCAGACCAGUUGGUCGGAGCCGGACGACUCGUGGAUGAUGGUGCGCGCGGGCGACACGGAGCCGUUCUCGUUCGGACAGCGGCGCGGCCGGCGCCGGGGCCGGGCCGGCGGCGCCGCGGCCGGACAGAACGCCGCGCUCAACCAGCUCGCGCUGCGCCUCGACGGCUGGUCGCCGCCGGACCCGGUCUGUGUCGACAGAGUCGGCGUCUUCUUCAGGAACCUAACGCACACAAAAUCCGGCGCAGAGGCUCGCAUAGUGUUUGAAGUAUCUCUGGAAGGGUCAGCUCGGAAGCUAGUGACGGUGCGGUCGGCGCUGCAGCUCGUCAACAAGCUGCCGCACCCCGUGGAGGUCAGGGUGGACCACGCGCCUUCCGCAGCGGCGUGGAGCGGCGGCAGCGUGCGGUCGGCGCAGGUGUGCGCGGGCGCCACGUGGGCGGCGCCGCUGUCGGCCGUGCCCGCGGCGCUGUGGACGCGGCCGCUGCUGCGCGCGCAGGCCGCGCCGCCCGCGCCCGCGCCCGCGCCCAUCGACUGGCGCACCGCGCCCGGGGACCGCGCCCUGCUGCACUACGAGUGCCGCGCCCCGCCCGACCACGUCUACAGAUUCUGUUGCGUCAUAGUCCGCGAGCGAUUCCCUCCGGAUAGAGGCACGCCCAUUGCUGGGCACACGUUGACCUUAGUGCCGGCGCUGCGACUGGAGAACCUGCUGCCGCUGGAGCUGCAAUACCGAGCCUGUCCUGCCGUGCAGGGCACCACCACUGUCAACGCAUCCGGCAACAUACCUCCAGGAGACACCAUGCCUUUCCACGAGGUUAACGUAGAAGAAGGAGUGGAGUUGAGCGUGAAGCUGGAGGGCUUCGGCUGGUCGACGGCGCUGAUAGUGAUGGGCGCGGGCGGCAGCGGCGCGGCGGUGGGGGGCGCCGGCGGGGGGUCCUUCAGCGCGCGCCUCAAGCUGCGGGACUCGCGCGCCAGGAGGCUCUACCUCAACGCCAGGGUCACCGUCAAGAAAACUGAUGGCAUCAAGGUGUCGAUAUCGGCGGCCUACUGGCUGGUCAACCACACGGGGCUGCCGCUGGUGUUCCGAGCAGAGGGGGGCGCCACUGAGGCCGCCGGACAGUACGACGAGCACGAGCUGGCUCGCAUGGUGCAGCCGCUGCUGUUCUCCUUCGCAGAGGCCGACGGGGGCCCUACAAUCUCUGCCAGAAUCGGACGAGGUCUGCCCGGCACGCCAGAGUGGUGCUCUCCAUUUGGGUUGGGCGUGGGCGUGGGCGUGAAGAAAUUGGAGGUGCGCGGCGAGGGCGAGGGUGGGACGGGCGAGCGCGUGUUCGCAGUGGGCGUGCGCGUGCGCGCGGGCCGCGGCCGCUACCGCCACACCAACAUCGCCACGUUCACGCCGCGCUACCAGCUGCACAACAACACCUCGCACCACCUGCAGUUCGCGCAGAAGUGCUGCGCCACCACCCUGAACGACCCGGGCGCCAUGGCCACGCACGUGUCGGCGGUGGCGGGCUGCUACCUGCCGUGGCACUGGGCGCGCUGGGAGCGCGAGCAGUUGCUGUGCGUGCGCGUGCUGGCCCCGGCGCCGGGCGGCGCGCCGCUCACGCAGUGGUCGGGCGGCUUCCGGGUCGACGCCACCAGGACGCUGCACAUCGCCUGCAGGGAGCCGGGCGGUGGGUACCAAUUCGUGCGCGUGGAGGUGGUAUCUCAGGGUGCCACCAUGUUCGUGGUGCUGACGGACGCCGAGUGCGCGCCCCCACCGCUGCGCAUCGACAACUACUCCCCCGUGUCCAUCAUGUUCCACCAGGUGGGGUGCGGCGAGGAGUGCGUGGUGGGCGCCCACGGCAGCGCGCGCUGGGCGCUGCCGGAGCCGGAGGCGGCGCGGGCGCUGGCGCUGCGGGCGCCCGGCGGCCCGCGCACGCAGCUGCCGCUGGACACGCUGCCCGCGCACCACCAGCUGCUGUACCAGAACUUCAUCUAUGUGGCCUUCAGCGCCACGCAGCACACGUACGUAUCCUGGUACCUGUCCGUAGCCCGCGGGCUGCGUGCACGUACUGCUACAGCGGUCGGUUACAGCGGCGAGGGCGGCAAGCAGGCGGCCGACGACAGCGUGCUCGUGCUGGAGGUGCCGCUGGGGAGCACGCGCGUCGUGCUGGCCAGGAAGCGGUACGGGGACAGGACUCAAUUAUGGCGGCGUGGCCCCAACGACCAGCUGAUCCACGAGGGCAGCUCCCCGCCGCAGCCGACGGACGCCUUGCUGUCGGACGAGGCGCCGCUGUCGCCGCACGCCAUGGUGCUGGACAUCGAGGACGCGGCGCCGCGGCCGGGCCGGGCGUCGGCGCUGGUGCUGCGGCGCGCGGACCCGCGGCGCGGCUCCACGCAGGCCUGGCGCCUGCUGGCGCCCGGCCGCAUGGCCUGCGCACACGCCAACCUGUGCGUGCAGCCUGAUGGACUCUCACUUAUGGCGCUCACACCCGGUACUCGAGUCGUCCUGGGGCUGCCAGCGUCGGGGCGCGCCGGCUGGUCUCCGACGUCGCCGGUGCCGGCGGAGCAAGCCGUGUCGUGGCACACGCUGCGGCCCGGCUCCGGCCGCCUGGACGUCACGCUGUGUGCCGACGGGCCCACGCGGGUCGUCAAGAUACACGACCACAAGGAGCCUGAGGCGGGCUGGCUGGAGGGGGGCGCGGCGGCCGAGGAGGAGGCGGGGGCGCGGCGGCGCGGCUGGGGGGAGUGGGGCGUGCGCGUGUCGCUGGCGGGGCUGUCGGUGUCGCUGGUGUCGCGCGCGCCGCCGGCCGAGCUGGUGCACGCGCUGUUCGACACCGUGCUGCUGGAGCUGGCGCUGCAGCCGCGCAGCCUGGCGCUGGCGCUGGCCGUGUCGCACAUGCAGUGGGACAACCAGUUGCUGGGCACGCCGAGCCCGGUGCUGCUGUACUGCCUGCCGGAGCGCGGCGGGGGCGCGGCGGGGGGCGCGGCGCUGCCGGCGCUGCACGCCGCGGUGGAGCUGCAGCGCGCGCCCACCAAGCGGUACAACGCGUACUUCUUUAAACAUCUCGUCGUAGCACUGCGGCCAUUGGCCAUACGAUUGGAAGAAAGACUGGUCCUGCAGCUGUGGGCGUGGGCCCGGCUGGAGCAGGAGGAGAGUGCGCGGGAGCAGGCGGACGAGGCAGACUACGAGACGCGCCGCGUGCUGGCAGACCUCACCGCGCUGCACACCACGCGCUACUACAUCGCGCUCAUCAAGAUCAUCCCCAGCCAGAUCCGGCUGUCCAUGUGCACGGCCAACAAGCUGGAGGGGUCGCUGAGCGCGCUGAAGCGGCGGCUGGGGCUGACCUUCAUAAAGUUCGAGGACGCGGCCGUGGAGCUGGAGCCCUUCGUGCGCGCGCAUGUCUUCGACACCGCCUCCUACCUCGGCAGGCAGAUGCUGGCGCACUUCAAGGACGAGUUGAAGUGGCAAGCUGCUAAAAUACUCGGCUCUGUGGAUUUCCUGGGAAAUCCUCUAGGCUUCGUGGCGGACGUGUCGGAGGGGGUCACAGGUCUACUCUUAGAGGGCAACGUAGGGGCAUUACUUAAAAACGUCACCCAUGGAAUAUCUAACUCUGCUGCCAAAGUUACAGAGUCCCUGGGCGACGGGCUGGAGCGCGUCGUGAGCGACGAGGCGCACGAGGAGACCCGGCGCCGCAUCCGGUCCGCCGCCCCCUCCGGCCACCUCGCCGCCGGCUUCCGGGGGCUCGGCCUCGGCAUACUCGGAGGCAUGACGUCGCUGGUGAAGCACAGCUACGAGGGUGCUACGCAAGAGGGGCUGGGCGGGUUCCUGGCGGGCGUGGGCAAGGGGCUGGUGGGCACGGUCACGAAGCCAGUCAUCGGAGUGCUCGACCUCGCCGCUGAGACUGCGUCCGCGCUGCGGGAUACCAGCCGCAGGUCGGACAAGUGGGUCCCGGCGCGGGUGCGGGGCCCGCGCUGCGUGGCGGGCUGCGGGGGCCUGCUGCCGCGCUACUGCGGCGCGCAGGCGGCGGGCGCGGCGCUGCUGUACGCGCUGAACCACACGGACUACUCGGAGCACUUCCUGGCCUACCGCGCCGUGCGCGACACGCCGCACGACAUCCGCGCGCUGCUGUCGGACUGCUACGUGCGCAUCAUCACGUGCAAGCACGCGGCGCCGCAGGUCGUCAUGGAGACGCACCUCAGCAACCUCGUGUCGUGCUGCGUCGUGGCGGCCGACGGCGCCUACUUCGUGGAGCUGGGCGUGCGCGGGGGCGGCGGGGGGGGCGCGGGCGCCGAGGCCGUGCGGCGGCCGCGCGUGCAGUGCGACAGCCGCGAGCUGGCGGCGUGGGUGGCGCGCCACGCCGCCUACGCGCGCCAGCUCUACCACGAGCACGUGCACACGCUGCUGCCCGCCGACCUGUAGGCGGCCCGCGCCAGACUUGUCAAUUCACCGACUUGGUUCAUCUAAGUGCUGACUUUAUCGAUGGCAACAAUACUACACUAGGAAUACAGAUUCCCCUUCGUUUACGACAUAGAAUAACGUAGUUGGAGCCUGGCUCCCGUUAAUGACUGAUCUGACUGAAACACUAGGAAGGCUUGUAAAACGGUCGGGUGAAGCGACCUCUCAGAUUGUUAUACUUAUACUGCCGAUAUUACAAUAUGACAAUGCUAUAUGAAGAAGUAUUCAGAAGUAUUAUUGUAAAAGACACUGCGACUUAACUUGAAUAACAUUAGAAUUAUAUUAACUUAUGAUAUUCUUGUAUAACUAUGAAUCUAGUUGUGAUAUUAUGUGUACACCUACUCAUCCCAUGUCAAACGACUGAACUGCAUCAAGCCGAGUGACGUCUACAUCUUGUAUACUGUUGCCUGUGUCAAUAACAUCACUGCGACAGGUAAGUAGCGACUGUGCAGGUACUCAGUUUAGAUAUUUCCCAAGUAGUCAUAUCGUGCAUACUAAUUACUUUACCUGAACAGUAUAUAUGUUACGGUAAGAGUGAAUAAUUGAAAAUUAUUAAUAAUUAUCUACUAUUAUUAAUAAUUACCGAAACUCGAGGUAAAAGUGAUAAAUUAAUCACAUUUGUCGCUUAUUAUUAAUAAUUUUACCCUAGUAGUGAUAAAUGUAAUAAGUGGCCAAGAUGUUAUUUUUAUUUCAAUUUAAAAGGCAAUAUAUUGUACUUACACAACAAAUAUUUGUUGAAUUCUAUGAUAAUACUUUAAAAUUUUUAAUUUGAUGCAUUUAUAGAUGCUACAGAAGAUUUACAGGCAAACCAAAUGUGAUUAUUGAUGAUUGCUUUUAGGAUUCGUGUUGAUUUUGUUAAUGAAACAAUAAUUGUUUAAUUUUAUUUUUGUUACAAUUUUAUGUACCACGAUAGACUUUUUUGCAUAAGUUUCAUGGUAAUUUGAUUUUAAAAGAAUUUUAUUGUUAAUUUUGUGAUAAAUGUGCCCUUUUUGGCGAGGUGAGAGGGAGUGUCAGACUUUUACUGACUAAAAACCACCCCGUUCUUACUCCUGAUUUUCGAGCCGGAGCCCCGGUAAACCCGCUAGGUAGUCCGCAGCUCCGGAUCAUGCAUCAGCCCUACUGGGCCCCAUCUGUGGUGAUCUGAUGGCUCUUUGAGGCGCGCGCAGAACUCGACGCGCCGCACGCACGGGUCUGGUUCUGGUCGGGCGGCGAGCUACCCCUACUUGCCGUCCGCAGAGCCGCACUUACGCGCAGAAUAUGUGAAUUUGUUGUUCUUUUGGUUUAAAGCAAGUACAAGCAACCUUGUUUGUGUGAUCUCUAAUUAAUAUAAUCGUAAGACGGUGUUUAAUAUUAUAAAUAAAUACAUGCUGGUCAAAAAACAUAGGGUUUAUAUUUAUUUUAUUACUUUCACCAAUAUGUGUCGUGAAUUAUUAAUAAUCACUACUAAAAGUGAUAAAUUUCGAUCGAUUAUUCACAUUUACCAAAACGUGUGGUAAUUAUUAAUAAUUUAGCAAAAUUAUUAAUAAUUUUCAAUUAAUCAGAUUUACCGUAACAUAUACAAUCAUUUUGCACCGAGUUUUUAUAAUAUGACAACUUUUUAAACUUUUGUAUAUUAUAGUAUAUUAAAGUUUUUUGACUUAUCCAUUGAUUUUACCAGCAAAUCAAUCAUUAAUUAUACUCUAUGGUACCUAUGCUGCGAGAUAUCGGGGAGUAUUCAGGAUGUCACCGCAAUAUCAGUUUGGAUUGUGUAUAUAAGAAGUAGUUUGUAAUAAUAAUAUUAGGAAGGUGUUGUCGACAUAAUUUGCCACAAUAAAUGUCUAGUUAUAUCGAACACCUGUACAAUGUCGAACUGAUUAACUUAUCCUAGUGUGUAUUUAUGUCCUUUCCUAAUGGAUAGUCGAGUAGCUACAUCACAUGCAUCAAUAUUAUUUAAGUACGUAAUUAUGGCAAUUGACAUAUUAUGAUGAUUGAUAUUUACUAUACAUGUUAAUUAGCAGGUAUUCUAUGAAUAAAAGAUUGAUGUACGCGAACCUAACAAUUUGUCAGCUGCGAUCGUAUAUCAAUCGUACGGGUAUGUAAUGGAUCCUUUAUCCUUAAUCUGAGUGUUUUGUUAAAACUAUACGAUUUAUUCCACCUGAGUGAUGUAGGCACUAGCCGUGACACUGACCUUUUCGUGGCAAGCUAUAAAUUAAUGUCCUUGUGCGAAACGUGUAUCGAUACGUAUAACUGGUGAGGAUACUUUGUUGUAGUAUAUAUUAUGAGAUAAUAUUUUUAACGUGUUUCCGCAGUGUGAGAGAUUUAGCAGUGGCUGCAUCGACUUGUGACUGCGAUAAAGAUUAUAAUAUUUUAAAAGUACGCUGUCAACGGAUACUAGUUUAUCAAUAUCAAUUUCCAGUCGAGUGAUUGUUGUUGUUGUUGUUGACUCUCGAGGCCAAACACGUUAAAUAUAUUCCCUCAAUGUAAUUGCAUGUUACUUCAGAUUGAUAUAUUUUGUGUACGAAGUGAAGUAGGAAGGUCGAUUGAGCAAAAUUAUCUUAGGCUGUGAUAUAAACCUGUAACCAAUCGACAUAGUCCGGCAGUCCUCGGAAGUGGGCAACACUUUCUAUUUGUAUACAUUCCAUUGCACGUGUAGGUUCCACUAACUAGCAGACGCACAGUAAUGCAAGCCAGCGUGUUACACGGUACGCGUUGUGCUGCAUGUCAUAAGCCAGGUGUUGCCAAUUUCUCAGUGAAAUGGCCGGUCUCAUGGAUGUCGUGUUGGCAAUCUUAAGGUUUACUUUGUAAUUAGGACCACGUUCCAAUUACAUGGUCAUUGAUUACACCUAAAAUAAAAGUAUAUUUUAAAUAAAUUCCAAUUGGCGGUUGUAUGAACAUAAUGCAGUGAAAUUGUUGCAAACAAGACAGAGGUAAAUGUCGCACAGAGAUUGAGAAAAUAAUAUGGUAAAAAAAUAUAUGUUUCCUUGCCAUUUACAAUAAUUAUGUAGUAAUUUGAAAAAAAAAAACAAUUGGUUUUAUCUGAAGGUGGAUGUGACAAGAAUACUUGGUUUUUAUGUUAUCUUGUGUUUGUGUAUUGCGUGUUAUUUUAAGUAUGUAUGUUGGCUGUCUGUCAGUUACUGCUCAGUAUAAUUUAACUGCAGCAGUUAUUUUUUACGUUACAUGAUUAGGCAGUUGAAACAAAUUGUAAGUUUAAUCGUAAUGAUAUUCUAAUGGGCAAACAUGUGUAGUUUUAUUUUGUUGGAAGAACGACUGCAAUGGCUUUAUAUUAAUGCUUAAUAAUUUCUAUUUUUUCUCUAUAGAGUCAUCUCUGUACAUAAAGCGUACAAUUAAAGAUUGUUGAAAAGGUUUGACUUCAUGGACGUGCGAUUAUUUGACAUAUUCUUGCUUAGCACAGUAAAUAGCGGAGCUUAUAUUAUUCGAUCUAGUUUAGUUAACACAACAUUACCAAAGUACGGCUAACUGUAAGUGGACGCGGUUUCUGUUCGUAUUUAUUUAAUAAUAAUUAAAAGUAUGACAGUGAUAAAGGUUUACACUAAUUUAUUCAAUAACAUCUGUUGUGGUUUAGUUUCAUCAAAAUAAAUAUCUUGAAAACUUUGUA